AGAAGGAGGCGGGGUGCUAGUUGAAAGGGGGAGAAGGUCCAGACAGGAGCCGGGCAUGUUCAAACAUAUCCAAGCAGAGCAGCCUACCAACCCGCACGGUGUCCUGUCAUUGCGCACAGACUGAACUUAUUCCCAAACUGUGUGGCAUAGACAAAUGUGUUUAACAUCAUCUUUACUGUAGCUGAUCUGUUUCCCCGAGGGACGUUGAUACGGCAAGACACGGGAUGCGUAUUUAUUAAAUUCAUCUUGAAACACGUCGCUGCUGAGGAUUAAGUUGCCUAGAGUCUCGUACUGAAGACGUUCCUUCAGCGUGGAAAUGUCGUUCGCGGCCAAGGCGAUGAGAGACGGACUGCUGGAGAAGCGCAGCAGUGGGCUUCUCCAGCUGUGGAAGAAGAAGCGCUGCGUCCUCACUGAGGACGGGCUGCGCUUGCACAACUGCAAAGGAGGCGGCGGUGAUGCUCCGGGUUUGGCGUCGAGCUCCAAAGUCAAGGAGCUUCGCUUUGAGCGCAUGGUCACGGUGGACUGCGUGGAGUAUAAACGUGGGCUGGUGUACUUCACUGUGGUCAUGGUUACGGGCAAGGAAAUUGACUUUCGGUGUCCGCAGGACGGCACAGCGUGGAACGCAGAGAUUGCUCUGGCUUUGGUGCACUAUAAGAACCUACAGGCCGUGCAGACCGGGAGGAACCGGCACCUGUCUACGGGACACCUGGGCAGCACUGGGGAGGACGAGGAGCUCUGAUUUUCGAAGCCUUCCUGCUUCCUUGGAGGGAACCAAUAAGAAGGGGAAAAGGGGUACAACUAACCAGAUCCAGAGGAUGCACAGAAAGGUCAUCAGUGAAUAUGGAACAAACGACUGAGAACAAGUGUCACAGAAACUCAACUUGUCUUCCCUCAUUCACUUGCAGUCAUUCAAAGUAUAGGAAUCUGAUAAACUGUGGAUAAAGACUUUGUUUCUGUCCUGAUCUCAUUGCUUAAGGACAAUUUGGAGACUCCUGCAUAAAAAAAGCUGUUUUCUGGGAACAGUUUACCCUUUGUGCCUUGAUGUUUCAGUAGCAUCUUCAUUUUUCAACAUCAUUUUGUGACAGUUUUUGACGCUGCUGAAACAGGAGUCAGUUUGUUCUGCAGGCUUGUUUUUGAAGGACUGGUAUGACUUACUUUGAAAACUUUAACUUGCAGAAUGAGCAGAUCUUUGAUGUUUUCUAAAGAUGGAAAUGAAGUAUUUUGUUUCUGACAUGUUGCACUCUGUAUACUACAUAUUUGCUUAAACCAUGUACAGUAUUAGAACUGUAAAAUAAUAAUAAUAAUAAUAAUAAAUUUUUGUAAUCAGA